AGGGCCCAGGUGCAGAACUCCCCACCCCAUAAAGCCCGACGAGAUCUCGAGCCUUCCUUUCUCCGCCGCCACUCGCGCUAGCACUAAACCCUAGCCGGAUCCCCCGCCGCCGCAGCAACCACCGCCACUCCCUCCUCCUCGUCGCCGCAGCAAUGGGCAAGGUGCACGGGUCGCUGGCGCGCGCGGGGAAGGUGCGCGGGCAGACGCCCAAGGUGGCGAAGCAGGACAAGAAGAAGAAGCCACGGGGCCGCGCCCACAAGCGCAUGCAGUACAACCGCCGCUUCGUCACCGCCGUCGUCGGCUUCGGCAAGAAGCGCGGGCCCAACUCCUCGGAGAAGUAGACCCCCAGGUUCACCUAAGGGGAUUAAGAUUGUGAAGUUCUCCUGUGGGUUUAGGUUGAUGUAUGGAUGUAGGGAAGAAACUUGAGAGUGCAUUUUGGUUAAUGUUGAUUGAUUAUAUGUUCUGACUUGAAUCCUUCCUACAUUGCCAUUUCCAGUUCUUUUA